CUGUUAGAUAACGAGUUCAGAAGGGCUCAGUCAAUUCGUAAUCUCAAAUGGUAAAGCCAAUGCGACGGCAAUGCGGAUGAGGAAAUUCCAUGGUGUUUCGAUAGAUGCCGUUGUACUUAGAAUUGUGUGAUGUAAAGUUCAAGAUCGGAUGGUGCAAGUGCACUCAAUGGCGGCGGGACGGCACUCAAUAUUCUCCACCAAUUUUUUGUAGCAGCAACCAAAACCUGCACCAAACAUCACCCCCUCCAACAACGGACGUCAACAUCACAGCACAACCUCACCUUUUCGUCAAAUUCAAGUAGAACAUUCGCAAGAACUCUUCGACUACUACAAAACUGAUAACUCACCGAACCGAGACUCACAAAUCUACUUUACCCACCACCCAAAAAUGUCAUCAACAACCAAAGACCCCUCCACCACCGCCGGCGCCGGCGCCGACUCCGACUCCGAAGACGACUACAUGAAAAUGACUUUCACCGACGAACCCUCCUCCACCACAACAACCUCCAGCAAAAGUGGAAAAAAGCCCAUCGAGACCUCCCUCCAGCGCCGCCUCCGUCUCCAACGCGAAGGUGAGAUCCGCGGCCGCGUCAAAUCCAAAGCCGAGCUCGCAGCCGAGGAGGAAGCCCGUCGGGAAGCCGCGCUGUCGACCUCUCUGUUUAGCAAAGUCAUUGGCCCCCCUUCAUCAACAACAACACCAUCUUCCACUUCCCCUUCGUCAGCAGCACCACCCCUUCCUACAGCAACAACAACAAAAAGCAAAGGACUAGCAAUGAUGGCCAAAAUGGGUUUCGUCCCCGGCAGUGCUCUAGGCGCUGGCGCCAAGUCUGGUACCUCAAGUGACGCUCGGACGGAGCCCAUCAAAAUCAGCAUCAAGGACGGGCGCGAGGGUAUCGGGCUGGAGAGCGAGCGGAAGCGCAAGCUGCGGGAGGCGGCGGAGGCGGCCGGGGAGAUGGCCAAGAAGGCGAGGGUGGAUGAGGAAGGGUAUCGUGAAAGGGUGAGGAGGGAGAGGGAGGAGGCGAGGCUAGAGAGGCAGGUGGUUGCUGCGCAGAAGGUGGCGGAGGGGAUGGAUGAGGAUUAUGAGAAUGAGGUGGGUGGUUGCGGUGAAAAGGGCGGUGGUGAGGGGGAAGUGCAGAAAAGUGAGGAGCGGGAUGAUGACGAUGGCGGUGAUUCUCAAGAAAGGAGGAGGAAAACUCGUACCAACUCAUCCCGGCCACUUCGCUCCAUCCCCGUCGUCUACCGCGGCCUCGUCCGCUCCCGUGAGGAGGCCGAGCGCGAGCGUAGGAUGCGGUAUGACCUGGAGCAGAGCAGCUUACUCUCCUCCACGCGAUUGCCUACGUAUGUCGAUGACGAGCUGGAUAUGGACGACAAGCAUGCUCUGGGUAAGGAUACUACUACCGUUCAUAAGCCAUGGAACACGUACGUAAUGGCGGAGGAUCUCGACGAAGAGGAUCCGGAACUGGACGAGUUCAACGCUCUUAGCCCUGAUGAGCGGUUACGGCGCUUGGUGCAGUACAUGCGCGACAAGCAUCACUAUUGCUUCUGGUGUAAGGCUAAGUAUGAUGAUGCCGAGAUGGAUGGAUGUCCUGGGUUGACGGAGGAGGAACAUGAUUGAAGAGGUUGCACACGUGGUUUUAUCCCGUCUUGCAAUGCCAUCGAGCAAGUUGAUGCUAUGCACAGCACCAUACAGCAAUAGAUUCAUGUCUCUUUCUCUGCUCAAAACACGCACCACACAUACAUUG